AUGACAAUUGCUACUACUAUAGGUAAAAGAGACUAUGAUGUUGAGACAUACGAGAAGGGCAAGGACAUGAGCAAGGUUCAGAACUACACCACUAAAGGGUUUUUGAGAGAAUAUACUUGUACUUACGCCCAUGAAACAAACCCUCAUGCAGCCAAUGGAAUCACACAUGUUCCGCCCUCAGAGAUGUCCAACCGGAGACAACACUCCAGUCGGACGCUCUUCGCAUGCUUUGAGACACCCGCAGCUGCUAUCAACUCUUCCGAACUCUGCCUUCCUUACUCCCAAUUGAUCUUCCUGAUUUCCGUUCCAACGUAUCCCAACACGACCAUGUCAUCAGCUGCAGCAGCUUAUGUACAAGCCAACAACAAUGAAUACUUUGUGCAAUGUACAUCUGGCCCAAAUACGGGGCAGUGGAUGUGUAAGCUGUGCUCCAGUCGAACGUUUAAGGACAAGUCCAGGCACAGCAAGUUAACGACCCACAUCGACCGCGUGCGAUUGGCCAUUGAAGAAGCCAAUGGGCCCCGACGUACCAUGGGACCACCUGGUCUAGCAUCUCGCUCUACCUUUGCAAACUCGGCACCCUCUCUGCCUCGAGAGUCGCCUGCCGACAGCGAUGUCCGCUUCGAGGAUCCCCCCAAUCCCGUGGACAACACCUGCUCCGAUGACCCCAUGAGUGAUAUAUUUGACAAUCACUCUGACGACCUUGAAUCGCUCUAUGAUGCCUCACAUUGGAUCGAGAUUGAUUUGUCUGAGGCUGGUCAGUCCAGUAUGGACUUGGACGACUUCAUGGAUAACGCCUCCGAAAAUGACCAGCAAAGUGAAACAGGAUCAAAAGGGGACAAUGAUCCGACUCCAAUCACCAACCCGCGCCUCCCAUGGUACCCUUUGCGCAAGAAAGAGCACGCGGCCGCCCUUUUGAUAAUGGGCACGGGCCGAAACCUAACGUCCACUGCUGAGUACAAUCGUUUACGGUGUAUUCUGAAGCUGGUCAUGAAUGUCCACCUCCCUGAUCUUGUUUGGGUCACUGACCAAGAUCUACAUUAUCUGGCGUAG